AUGGCGAUUUUAAUAUGGAAAAGUAUACCAAUUACUCAUACAGAAUUAAAUCUCUGUAAAGUAUUGAGGUGUGGUCAAACAUUCAGAUGGAAAAACAUAAAUCACAUGUGGUCAUUUUCUAUAAAUGAUAGAAUUAUAUUAUUAAAGCAAGAUGAUUCAAAAUUAUAUUAUUCUCAAAUAAUGAAGACCAACCUCAAAGGUUCACAUGAAGAAACAUAUUCAUAUAUCAAUGACUACUUUUAUCUCGACCUAAAUCUAUCUGAAUUUUAUACACAUUGGAAAGUACAACAUUUAAAGUACAAGUCUAAGGAAGUUACACCAUUUGAUUUAUUCAAGGGGAUAAGGAUACUUCAACAAGAUCCCUGGGAAUGUCUCAUUUCAUUCAUAUGUUCUUCAAACAACAAUGUCAAACGUAUUUCGAAAAUGUGUGAAAACCUUUGUGUGAAUUUUGGUACUUAUAUAAACACUUUUGAAAAUGAGAAAUUUUAUUCGUUUCCAACUCCAGAACAGUUAAGUGCUCCCAAUACGGAGGGUUUGUUACGAGAUUUGGGAUUCGGGUAUCGUGCAAAAUACAUAUAUCAAACAGCACUAAAAUUUACAACUUCAGAGUAUCCAGAUAUUAAUUUAAGAGAGUUGAAUAGGAUGAAAACAGAGAGUUAUGAUACCGCUCAUGCUUUUUUACUUCAAUUGUCUGGAGUAGGUCCAAAAGUAGCUGAUUGUAUUUGUUUAAUGUCUUUGCAGAAACAUAACGUGGUUCCUAUAGAUACCCACGUUUAUCAAAUUGCAAUUCGUGAUUACAAAUAUAAUGGAAAGACAUUAAAAAGUAUGAAUAAAGAGACUUAUAAUAAGAUUAGAUUAUUGUUUCAAGGUAUUUUUGGUGAUUUUGCUGGUUGGGCUCAAUCUGUUUUAUUUGCAAGUGAUUUAAAUGAUUUAAAUAAUGGUAAAAAUAUUACUAUUGAAAAUGAUAAAAAAAGAAUUAAGAUUGAAAAUGAUGAUGAUAAUAAAAGGGUUAAGAUUGAAGCUGAUAUAGAUAAGUCUAAUUUGAGUAAUCCUAUUAAAGUUGAGGUAUAA